GGGGAGCUAGUUGUUUGUUGCACUCCUUAACCCGGAAGCAAUAGACAUGGGCCCUGUCUGUAGCUGAGCACGGUUCGGUGAUUGUGAUGGAAUGCCUAUGGCCGGCAGAGUGGAGCGACAUGUGGGGCUUUGUGUAGUGCAAUCAGUGUCCCCGGUGUGAUCUCUUCUGUGUGUUGUCACACCGCCGGCCACAUGGAGUCCCAGCUACAGAGCAUCUUCGAGGAGGUGGUGAAAACGGAGAUCAUCGAAGAGGCCUUUGCUGGCAUGUUCAUGGACACACCAGAUGAUGAAAGGACAAAGUUACUUAGCUGCCUUGGGGCAUUCAGACAGUUCUGGGGUGACCUUCCUCAAGAAUCUCAUGAGCAAUGUGUGCAGUGGAUUGUGAGGUUUAUACAUGGGCAGCACAGUCCGAAAAGAAUCUCCUUCCUCUAUGACUGUCUGGCAAUGGCAGUGGAAACUGCUGUACUUCCUCCGAAAAUGGUAUGUGAAGCAUUGGUAAAUUCCGAUGCACUGGAGUGGGAAAAAACACAACUUUGGGUGCUGACAUUUAAACUUGUACUAAAAAUCAUUGGCGGAGUUGAUUAUAAGGGUGUCAGAGACCUGUUGAAGGUGAUACUGGAGAAGAUUCACACUAUUCCCAACACCGUGAGCUCUGCUGUUGUACAGCAACUUCUCGCAGCAAGAGAGGUUGUAGCGUAUAUAUUGGAUCGAAAUGCAUGUCUUCUCCCAGCAUACCUUGCUGUAACAGAAAUUCGAAAACUGUACCCAGAAGGAAAACUUCCACAUUGGCUGUUGGCUAACUUGGUUUCUGAUUUUAUGGAUAGCUUCAGGCCCACAGCAAGAAUUAAUUCAAUCUGUGGACGUUGUAGUCUCCUUCCUGUAGUGAACAAUUCAGGGGCCAUAUGUAAUUCCUGGAAGUUGGAUCCACUAACCUUAUGCUUUCCUUUGAAAGGGCAUUUGCCCUAUGACAAGGACUUAUUUGAGCCACAAACUGCACUGUUGAGAUAUGUGCUGGAGCAGCCCUAUUCCCGGGAUAUGGUGUGCAACAUGUUAGGACUGAAUAAGGCGACCUUGAACAUUGCUCAGCACAAGCAGCGAUGUCCUGUUCUGGAGGACCAACUGGUUGACCUGGUGGUCUAUGCCAUGGAGCGCUCUGAAACAGAGGAAAAGUUUGAUGAUGGUGGAACCAGCCAGCUGCUUUGGCAGCAUCUUUCAAGCCAGCUAAUAUUCUUUGUGCUCUUUCAGUUUGCCAGUUUUCCACACAUGGUCUUGUCCCUUCAUCAAAAGCUUGCAGGUCGAGGUCUCAUAAAGGGCAGAGAUCAUCUCAUGUGGGUUCUGUUGCAGUUCAUCUCUGGAAGCAUACAAAAAAAUGCUCUAGCAGACUUUCUUCCAGUUAUGAAGUUGUUUGACCUCUUAUACCCAGAAAAAGAAUGUAUUCCAGUGCCAGAUAUCACCAAACCUCAGUCUACUCAUUCCUUUGCAAUGACCUGUAUCUGGAUCCAUCUGAACAGGAAAGCUCAAAAUGACAACUCCAAACUCCAGAUUCCUAUUCCUCAUUCACUAAAACUACACCACGAGUUUUUGCAGCAGAGUUUAAGAAACAAGAGUUUACAAAUGAAUGAUUAUAAAAUUGCAUUGCUAUGUAAUGCUUAUUCAACCAAUUCUGAGUGUUUCACAUUACCCAUGGGAGUGCUUGUUGAAACUAUUUAUGGCAAUGGAAAUGUGAAGAUAUCGCUGCCUGGAACCAACUGUAUAGCGUCUGGGUCAACUACACCUCUUCCAAUGAACUUGCUGGAUUCACUUACAGUUCAUGCAAAGAUGAGCCUCAUUCACAGCAUUGCCACCAGAGUAAUUAAACUGGCACAUACGAAGUCUAGUCAAGCAUUGGCUCCUGCACUUGUAGAAACUUACAGUCGCUUGUUGGUCUAUAUGGAAAUUGAGUCACUUGGCAUCAAAGGAUUCAUAAGUCAACUUCUACCCACUGUGUUCAAGUCUCAUUCUUGGGGAAUUCUUCACACAUUACUGGAAAUGUUCAGUUAUCGAAUGCACCAUAUUCAGCCCCAUUACCGGGUGCAGCUUUUAAGUCAUCUGCAUUCAUUGGCUGGCGUACCACAGACCAAUCAGAAUCAACUUCACCUCUGUGUGGAGAGCACAGCUCUGAGACUAAUCACCGCCCUGGGCAGCUCGGAGGUGCAGCCGCAGUUUACUCGAUUCCUGAAUGAUCCCAAAACUGUUUUAUCGGCAGAAUCUGAGGAACUGAACAGAGCUCUCAUUUUGACGCUGGCAAGAGCCACUCAUGUCACCGAUUUCUUUACAGGUUCGGACUCAAUUCAAGGCACUUGGUGUAAAGACAUUCUACAGACUAUUAUCAACUUCACUCCACAUAACUGGGCAUUGCACACUUUAAGCUGUUUUCCAGCUCCACUGCAGGCUUUCUUCAAGCAAAAUAAUGUCCCCCAGGAAAGCCGCUUUAACUUGAAGAAGAACGUGGAAGAAGAGUAUAGAAAAUGGAAGUCAAUGACCAAUGAAAAUGACAUCAUCACACACUUUUCCUUGCAGGGUUCUCCUCCACUAUUCCUCUGCUUACUGUGGAAGAUGCUUCUGGAAACUGAUCAGAUUAACCAGAUUGGAUACAGGGUUCUGGAGAGAAUUGGUGCCAGGGCUCUUGUUGCUCAUGUGCGGACAUUUGCAGAUUUCCUGGUAUAUGAGUUUUCUACCUCAGCAGGAGGACAGCAGCUUAAUAAAUGUAUCGAAAUGCUGAACGACAUGGUGUGGAAAUACAACAUUGUCACUCUUGACAGACUGAUCCUCUGUUUGGCCAUGAGAAGCCAUGAAGGAAAUGAGGCACAGGUGUGCUAUUUCAUUAUUCAGUUACUUCUUCUGAAACCAAAUGACUUCAGAAAUCGAGUGAGCGACUUUGUGAAGGAGAACUCCCCAGAGCACUGGCUGCAGAACGACUGGCAUAACAAGCACAUGAAUUACCAUAAGAAAUACCCAGAAAAACUGUAUUUUGAAGGCCUUGCAGAGCAAGUUAACCCACCAGUGCCGAUUCAGCCCCAGUACCUCCCCAUCUACUUUGGAAAUGUGUGCCUACGUUUCUUGCCCGUGUUUGACAUCGUCAUCCAUCGAUUUCUGGAACUGCUUCCUGUCUCUAAAUCUUUGGAAACUUUACUUGACCAUCUCGGGGGCCUGUACAAGUUUCAUGAUCGACCGGUCACCUACUUGUACAACACACUGCACUACUACGAAGUCCACCUUCGAGAUCGAACAAACUUGAAGCGCAAAUUGGUCCACUCCAUAAUUGGCUCUUUGAAGGAUAACCGGCCUCCGGGGUGGUGCCUGAGUGAAUUGUAUCUCAAAUAUGGCAUGAAUGCACGGGAGGACAAUCCCUGGAUCCCAGACGACACCUACUACUGCAAACUGAUUGGUCGACUGGUUGAUACUAUGGCAGGAAAAUCUCCUGGCCCAUUUCCAAACUGCGAUUGGAGAUUCAAUGAGUUCCCUAAUCCAGCAGCUCAUGCCCUUCACGUCACUUGCGUUGAGCUCAUGGCUUUGGCUGUUCCAGGGAAAGAAGUUGGUAACGCACUCCUCAAUGUCGUUCUAAGAAGCCAGCCACUUGUGCCAAGAGAAAAUAUAACAGCUUGGAUGAAUGCAAUUGGACUCAUUAUCACAGCUCUGCCAGAACCCUACUGGAUAGUUCUGCACGACCGCAUUGUUAGCGUGCUCCAGAGUCCAAGCCUGACCUCAGAGACCGAGUGGGUCGGUUAUCCUUUCCAGUUGUUUGAUUUCACUGCCUGUCACAAGUCCUACUCGGAAAUGAACUGCAGUUACACACUGGCUCUGGCGCAUGCUGUGUGGCACCAUUCAAGCAUUGGGCAACUGUCACUCAUUCCAAAGUUCCUCCCAGAAGUUCUCAUACCCAUUGUGAAAACGGAGUAUCAGUUGCUCUAUGUCUACCAUUUGAUAGGGCCAUUCCUUCAGCGGUUUCAGCAAGAACGGACAAGGUGCAUGAUAGAGAUUGGCGUGGCGUUUUAUGAGAUGCUGCUGAAUGUAGAUCAGUGUAGCGAGCACCUGAAUUUCGUUGAACCCAUCUGCGACUUCCUAUAUCACAUGAAAUAUAUGUUCACUGGAGACAGCAUUAAAGACCAAGUGGAAAAGAUCAUCUUCAAUCUACGACCCGCUUUAAAAUUACGCUUGCGGUUCAUUACUCACAUCUCCAUACAGGAACCCGUUGCUGCACCUCCCCAGCCAGUGAACAGUGGAUCUCCAGCCCCCCAGACCAGCCAAGUGCCUGUUAACGUUACUAUGCCUGUUGCACAGUGAAAAAGCCAGUAAUAUUUUUUUCCCUGAAUUUAAGGAAAGUCAUGAAAUGGAUCGGAAAUUUUGUUUUGUGGCUUUGACAUUUUUGGCAGUUUUUUUUUUUUAACCUUUUGCUACCAGAAAACUAUUGUGAGUUGUGUGUUUUACUUUAAUGAUUAGGUAAGGUAACACUCAGCUAACGGGUGCAUGGAAGUUUGGACUCUUAUACCGUGCACACUGUUUUUUUAUUUGAUUCCGAUACACAAUUUCACUACUUUCUAUCUGCUGGCAUCUGGAUAGAGAACUAUUGAUUUCUUUCAGAACAUUUUGACCUGUACUUUUUGUACUUGUAAACCAUGCAUCAAGAACACACUGUGUCUGUGUAUAUAUGUGCUUUUCCUACAAAAUCUGUCUGUUUUUGUUGUAUAGUUUGUAUGACCUAAUACUAAAAUGUAUGUCUUUGAAACUUGUGACGAUGUAAACCCAAAAAUUGUUUGUUACAAAGGUCAGAGUUAAGCCUCGUACACACGAUCCAAUUGUUUGCCAAACGGGCAUCUGAUUUUUGUCUUAAGGGCGUGUGCCUGGAUCUUGUCUUCCAUACUAAUGGUACACAAUUUCCGUGCAACAAACACGAACAUAGUGGCGU